AUGUGUUGGUCCAAGGAAACCGCUGCCUGCAGGUUCAAUCACGCGUUCUACUACGUGGUGCCUCCCGGUGACGUGCCCAAGUACACGCGCCCUCCGAACGUCGAUGAGAGAUCGUGGGCGUUGGCGGUCCAGCAGAAUCCCGACCCGCAAAGGAUGGUGCCCGUGUUCGCAAAGGGGUUCGAAGACCUCAAGAAGCGCGUGGACGAACAGGAUGCGGCAAUCAAAGGCACGCGACCUAUCUUCACCCCUCUCACCAACGCCAUCUACCACAAGCACCAGGUGGGCACCAUCGUCAAAAUGGAGGCCUACAAGCGUCGGAACAUGGAACUGGCUAGCCGGGUGAUGAAAAAGGUGGAGACGCUGCGCGCGCUGGGGAUUCCGAGUGUGCCCGAAGAGGAGGUGUUCAGGGACAGGUUGCAAACCCUGCGAAGAGAGCUCAACCAACCCGACUCGUCCAAGUCCAGGCUCAACGAAAUCACCUCCCUCGUGCGCAUGCAAGACGAAAUGCAAGAUCUCAACUACGACACCAUCGACGAAGAGAACAUGGACAAGAUCUUCCAGCCAACCUCAGUCUCAGUGUCGCUGAUCGGCGCCACAAUUGGCGGCACGUGCUUCACGCAGGUCCUGCAGCAGCAGCAGGAGGGACUGGUCCGGCUGACCGAGAUCGUGAUGAGAGACUUGCAGGACACGAACCUCAUGCUGAACAGCGCCAUGGGCCUGUGA